UGCUCUUCCUGUGGAAACUUGGCGAAACCUUGUCCACACACAUAGCCUCUGAUUUUGAUAAGACAUGUCCAAGUCCCCAGGUCCAACCAAAACCCAGUUGUAGAAAAAGUGAAAAAAAGAGAGAGAAUAAAAAUAACAAAAAUAAAAUCUUAGGAUUGUGGAUAUCACGAAGCGAAAAAAAUGUCUGUGACAUCUUCAUUCCCAUGCAUCAAAAUCCCUGCUUGUUCCUCACCUCCAUCAACUCCAUCCUAUUCUUUUAGAUUUUCAUCUUUCAAGCCUUAUGCUGCAGUUACCAUAAGGAACUCUCAAACUGAAGGGCCUCUGAGAAGACCAGUGGCUCCUCCUGUGAGAGAACCAUCAAGUAGUGUCCCUCAGCCCUUGAAGCCUUCACCUCCUUCUCAGACUCCACCACAGCCCCAGAAGGGUGCUACUGUUGUUGGAGAUGAUAAGAGUGUUGUUACGUUAGAGUUUCAAAGGCAAAAGGCUAAGGAGCUGCAAGAAUACUUUAAACAGAAGAAGCUUGAAGAAGCAGAUCAAGGUCCUUUGUUUGGCUUCAUUGGGAGAAAUGAGAUUAACAACGGGAGAUGGGCAAUGUUUGGUUUUGCUGUUGGAUUGCUAACAGAGUAUGCAACAGGCUCCAAUUUUGUUGAUCAAGUAAAGAUACUUCUAUCGAAUUUUGGGAUUGUAGAUUUGGAGUGACUACCUUCAUAUUAUAUAUACUGUCAAUAGGUUCUUGUUGCUGUUCAUAGUGUAAACAACGUUCAUCAAUUUGUUUCAUCUUCUUAUAUAGCAAGCAAGCUUGCUUUGUCUUACUUCUAUUAAAUAACAAUAAUGCGAUUUUCCUUUUUCUUUUAAUUCUUGCUAUUGAUAUGGUAGGCCUUUAAGUGCAUUUCAGAUAACAUCAAUGAGAUGUGUAAUAUUGUCACAAUCAAAGCCUCAACUAUUUUACGUAAGAACAUCAUUGUUCAUUCCCCUUAGAUGGGGUUUCUUGUUACAUGUACCA